UCCAGGUCAGUGGUUUAGCCUGCUCUACUCUCCCACAGCUGAGUUAGCUCUUUAGCUAGCGACUUCACAGCUGAAUUGCGGGCAAUGUUCAGAUUAGCUACCGGUAAGGGUAGGGGUUAGGUCGGUAUUAAUGAGCUACGCGCUGAUAUUUACACAUGGACUUGCUUGGUACAAACAUUUAGAUAAUUCAGUGCUCCAUGUAGAGUAACCGUGUUUAUACAAGAUGCCUUCGGCGAAAGUGCUGAAGAAUACCCAGUACAUAGAGCUGGGCAGUUAUCAGUACUGGCCUGUCCUUGUGCCCAGAGGAAUCAGACUGUACACUUAUGAGCAAGUACCAGGCUUUCUGAGGGAAAAUCCAUACAUCACUGACGGCUACAGAGCUUACCUCACCUCUAGGCUGUGUAUUAAAAGUCUUUUCAUCCUUUCCAAUGAGACUGUGAACAUCUGGAGUCACCUGCUGGGGUUUUUCCUGUUCUUCUCACUGGGAGUUUAUGACAUGGUAGCUGUGCUGCCUAUGAUCGGAGCCUCCAGGGAGGAUUACGUCAUCUACUCUAUAAGCCUCUUCUGCUACCAGGUGUGCAUGCUGUGCUCAGUGGGAUAUCACCUGUUCUGCUGUCAUCGCUCGGAAAAAACCAGCCGGCGCUGGAUGGCACUGGACUAUGCGGGGAUUUCUAUCGGAACGUUGGGAUGCUACGUACCAGGUGUCUUCUACGCCUUCUACUGCAAUAACUACUGGCGGCAGGUGUAUUUGGUUAUGGUUCUGGCAAUGACACUAGCGGAGUUUUUUGCCCAGAUACACCCCCUUUACUUGACAAAGAAGUGGCAGAAGCUGCGCUCAGUCAUCUUCUGCUCUGUAGUGGCCUACGGCCUCAUCCCUACCAUCCACUGGAUCUGGCUUAGUGGAGGUUUCAGCUCAGAAAUAGUGCAGGACUUUAUUCCCAGAGUGCUUGUAAUGUAUUUGCUUGCUGUAGUUGCCUUCAUCUUUUAUGUCUCUAAAGUUCCAGAGCGCUACUUUCCAGGUCAGCUGAACUACAUCGGCUCCAGCCACCAGAUCUGGCACGUAUUGGUGGUGCUCAUGUUUCACUGGUGGCAUCAGUCUGCACUGUCUAUCACUAACUACAGACACACACACCCCUGCCCUGUCUACCUCCAGCACGCUUAGGGCAGAACGAUCAGCUCUGAGAAAGCACUAGAACUGGAAUAUAAAAUCACAAGAGAGGGACUUUGUUUAACGCACAGCUUUUUGCCAAGUGAUUGUAUUUCAGGUGAGCUUAAUUAUCACUCCAUUGCUAAAAAGCUAAAUCAUGACUACAGGCCAUUUUGAUCACUAUGAGGGUAUAAUGGUGAAUCUGGAAUGGGUUACGUUUCUUUUGUAAAUCUAGUAGAAGUGCCUAGGGAUUACAUCCGAUGUGCUUCAGAUUUAAAGUGCGGCACAGGACCAUGCACUACUGUAGACGACGAGAUAGGAAGUACU